AUGCGGGUAUCCGCUCUUCUACUAGCCCUCCUCUCAGGCCUCAAUCUAUCAGACGCCCUCCGCAAACCAUCAAACAGCGUCCUCCUUUCCAAAAUCUCUAGUCUCACCUUACGUGCUGGUCAGAAAACCAGUGCUCGUCGCAGUUCUCCAAUUCCACAGCUUCAAUGCACGGGUGGCAAUGCACGGGGUCUCUACGAUGUGGACGUGAUGCGCUGCACCAAUGCCGGCUCUGACUACGACGACGACAAUGUACAAUGGACUUGCAAGGCUUCUCUACCUCCGGAAUUCAAACUGGGUAGUACAGAUGUUUCGUGUGAGGGCUAUGAUUCUCCCGAGGAUCCUUAUGUCUUGAAGGGGAGUUGCGGUGUGAGCUACAGGCUUGUGCUUACUCAGGAAGGCGAGAGAAAGUAUGGUCGGAGGGCAGAUGGGGAUGAGAGAACUGGCCCAGCUUCGACUGGCGAGAAACUCAUCUUCUGGGCUUUCUUUACGUUUGUUGCAGGCAUGAUUGUCUACGGAGUUUGGGAUUCGUGCGUCAGAGGAAACAACAGACGCCCACCGCACGCAGGGCACGGGUAUGGAGGUAGUUGGGGAGGCGAUGACAAUGAUGACCCACCACCACCUUACACGCCAUAUGGCAAGCCAAGCUCAAGUCGCAACUACGGCACACAGAACGGACAGGCUUGGAGACCUGGUUUCUGGACUGGUGCCGGUGCAGGAGCUGCUGCAGGUGCCGCUGCAGGAUACAUGGCUGGAAACAGAGGCAAUGCCUCAAACAGAUCUAAUAGUAAUGGCUGGGGUGGCAGCACAGGCUCGAGCUCUCCUACGCCAUCGUCGUCGAGAUACGAGAGCACCGGGUUUGGCUCAUCGAGCCGCAGAUAA